CCAAGUAGGCGUUUAUCAUUACCAAUGUCAAGUACUAGUUGUUAUUUAAACGGUGAUAGGCUGUAUGUUGUCUGUGAAAGAUCCCAUUUUUAUUUUGUAGCUAUUUAGUGUUGAACGGAGCAAAGAUCAAGCUGUGAUUUCAACAAUAUGCUUCAGUUAACGAAAAGACUUCAGGAAGGGAUAGCUCUAAUGAAUAAUACAGAUUCAGGAAAAAUUAAUGGUCUUCUGAUUCGAAUAUGCACAGCUCUCAUUUCAAACCGUUCUCAGGUGUUUACGGAAGAAGAAGAGGAGAAGCUCAGUGCAUCACUUGUCAUCACUCAAGACCAGACUAAGUUGCUGAUUAAAACGAUAAUACACAUAAUUCAACAGGCAGCACAUGGGAUGGUACGCCCAGCAUUGUUGAAGGAGCACCUUUUGGCUGCUGGGAUAUCACAAGAUAAAACAGACAUUUUUAUUGAGCAGUGGUCCACUAACGCAAAAGCCAUUGUUGACAUGCUUCGACAGCAGUGUCUCUCAGAAAAGCAGCUAGAAGAUGUUGCGUGGGACUUACAUCUCAAAUCAGCAUCAUCUACGCUUGCACGGCAGGCACAACCUAUUGCUCAUGUACAAUUAACCCUUGGAGAUGGAACCACCAAAAGCAGUUCCACAACAUCUGAGAAAGUUUUGAUGCAAUUUAAUCAGGACCAGUUAUAUGACUUUUAUGACCAAUUAGAGCAAAUCCAGUCUCACCUUGAUUCACUUCGUUAGCAUAAGAGAGACAAUGGAAUAUUAAUACAAGAAUGUUUUCAUGGAGUUUGCACUUUUUGACUCCUCUAUUUAACUGAGAAUGUUUGGCUAGUCAGAACUUCAUACAGUGUAUUUUGUGUAUUGUGCAUAAUUAGUUGAUUUUAAAUGUUUAACAUUUGUUAUGCUUCCUAUAUUGUCAGUAAAUAUUAAAGUAAUUUUUAAUAUAUUGUAAAGAAAAGAUGAA